AUGAGCCUGCGAGUGUGGGAAGUCCUAGAUUCUUGGUUGCGUACGGAGGUUUUCCCGCCUGCCAAUCACUAAUUUUCGGUUUUGCUUUGGUCGUUGGAUGAAGCCGCUUCUCUUCUUCUUCUUUUCCUGAUUGUUGCUCCACUGGGAGAAUCGAGCAAUAAAAAAAGGUCCCACCGUGCAUUCUAUUUUUAUUUUUUAUGUUCGUUAGGACCUCGCGAAUUUUCUUAUUCCUUCGUCUAUUUUCAGACCAGCCAAUAGAGGGUGAAUUCUGGAGAUUUUGUUAAUUCGGAAUGGCCAAGUGUUUCAGCUUCACAGCAACCAGAGACUGGUGUUUCCGCUUGUCCUUCUCCAACGCCGGCCUCCGAUCGACGACGAGCGAUCUGGGGGACGGCACGGUCAUGCAUUGUUGGAUACCGAAAGCACGCAAAGAGAACAAACCAAACCUACUCCUCAUCCACGGAAUGGGAGCCAACGCAAUGUGGCAAUGGGCAGAUUUCAUACGCCCUCUCAUAGCGCGGUUCAAUGUUUACGUCCCAGACCUAGUAUUCUUUGGCGACUCGUACACGACUCGGCCGGAAAGGUCAGAGUCGUUCCAGGCUCAGUGCGUGAUGAGGAUGAUAGAAGGCCACGGAGUGAGUAGAAUGAACGUGGUUGGGAUCAGUUAUGGAGGAUUUGUUGCCUACAGAAUUGCGGAACAGUUUCCGGCGGCGGUGGAGAGGUCGGUACUGUGCUGCGCAGGAGUGUGUUUGGAGGAGAAGGACAUGGAAGCAGGCAUGUUUCAGGUUUCGAGUGUGGAGGACGCCGCGAGCAUCUUGCUGCCGCAGACGCCGGAGAAGGUGAGGGAAUUGAUGCGCAUUUCAUUCGCCAAGCCGAUCAACACCAUGCCAUCUUGUUUCCUCAACGAUUUCAUUGAUGUCAUGUGUACAGAACACCUUCAAGAGAGAAGAGAAUUGAUCAUGGCAUUACAUAAAGAUAGAAAACUCUCGAAUCUUCCUAAGAUAACGCAGACCACAUUAAUAAUAUGGGGAGAACUAGACCGGGUAUUCCCACUGGAAUUGGCACACAGAUUAAAAAGGCAUAUUGGUGAGAAUGCGGAGCUGGUAAUCAUAAAGAAUGCAGGACAUGCAAUCAAUGCUGAGAAGCCCAAAGAGUUGUGCAAGUACCUGAAGUCAUUUCUCAUCGAUCCUCUUCCUCCUCAAAAUGGAAAGAGUAGCAAUGGCAACAAGACAGAUUGAAAAGCUUCAGAGGAAAAUUAGACAGCUCAGGAGCUGCUCGACAUAUUCAACUUGCCUACAUUUUAUGGGAUUAAGGUGGAUAUUUUGCACAUGGCUUGUAUUUAAAGUUUGUGGCGACUGAUUAGAAGAAUACAGAAAUGUUAAAAGCUAUAGUUCCUGUCAAAUUUGAUUUAAGGGAUUGGCAGGUGGAAACCUGCAAAUUUUGAGAAACUAUUCUCUAUGCCCUGAAUACAUUGAAGCCCCUCUCCUAUUUUAUGUGGAUUCAUUUGUAAUAGUCAAAUAUAAUAUAUAAGAUCAGUUGCAUUGACUUAUUUUUCCCA